ACCGGAAGUUUGCGCGGGUGACGUCACUCCGCAGAGCAGUGUAAGAUGGCGCUCCGGCCCGGAUCAGGGGGAGGCGGCAGUUUUAUGUACCCUGUUGGAGGGGGACUUGGACCACCACAAGGAAUGAUGCCCAUGCAGCAGCAGCAGCAGGGCUUCCCCAUGGUCCCGGUCAUGCAGCCCAACAUGCAGGGGAUGAUGGGAAUGAAUUUCGGCGCGCAGAUGCCUCCCGGUGCCAUGCCCAUGCAGGGCGGGAUGGCCAUGGGAAUGCCGGCUCCAGGCAUGCAGUUCAUGGGUCAGCCUCAGUUUAUGGGUAUGAGGGCCCCAGGACCACAGUACCCUGCUGACCUGCAGAAACAGAUUGCAGAGGAGCAACAAAAGCGGUUGGAGCAGCAGCAGCGGAUGCUUGAGGAAGACAGAAAAAGGAGGCAGUUUGAGGAGCAGAAGCAGAAGCUGCGUCUCCUGAGCAGCGUCAAACCGAAAACUGGGGAGAAGAGUCGGGACGAUGCAUUAGAAGCCAUCAAAGGGAACUUGGAUGGGUUCAGCAGAGAUGCCAAGAUGCAUCCCACUCCAUCUUCACAGUCUAAGAAACCAGACUCAUCGCCAUCUCACUCCUCUGUCCCCCUUCAGUCACUCCCUCCUGCUUUUGCAGAGGAUGAUAAUGAGUUUAGUGACUUUAUGCAGGGGCCUAUCGAUGGCCCCUCCCUCUCUUUCCCCCCUUCUUCCCUCCCGUCAUCUUCCUCUUCCUCAGCUGUCAGUAAUUCACCCUUAAAGGUGGGCCCGGUCCCUCACACCCUCACCACCUCUCUGCCCCCCUCCACUGCCCCCCUACACUCUUCUGUCAUCUCCAGCUCCCAAUCUACAUUCCAAGGCCCGUCUCUGGAAGAGAAGCUCUUUUCGUCAUGCGAUUUAACAGGAGAUAAGAGGGCCCAGGUUAACUUUAGGCCUCGGCAGGCACUGUCUGAGCUGACGCCCAAAGCCCAGGUGUCAGUUCAGUUCCACAGCAGCUCCAGAGCUCGCAACUGGGCCCACUCCCCCGAUGACCUCAGUGCUGCUUUCACCGUGGAGAUGACUCCUGAGCCUCAGUCUUCUUCUCAGCCUCCAGCAGUGGCAGAAGACCCACCUCAGCAAGCGUCUAGUGCCAGUGCAGGUGUUGGUGUCUUCCCCCAACAAGAAAUGCAGCCUAUGGUGCCAGCUUGGCUGUACAAUGACUCUCUCAUUCCAGACAUGUUCAAAAAGGUCCUGGAGUUCAGCAUGACUCCAGCAGGCAUCGACACGGCCAAACUCUACCCCAUCCUGAUGUCAUCAGGACUUCCCAGAGAAGCUCUGGGUCAGAUCUGGGCAUCAGCCAAUCGCACAACGCCAGGCAAACUGACCAAGGAAGAGCUGUACACUGUACUGGCCUUGAUUGGAGUGGCACAGAGUGGGCUUCCAGUGAUGAGCUUGGAUAUCCUGAGUCAGUUCCCCUCCCCUCCAGUGCCCAACCUGCCUGCGAUGGCCAUGACCAUGGCCCCUGUGUUGACCCAUCAGCAGACCUUGAUGGCCCCUGCCGCCCCUGCUGUCAUGCCUAUGCCUCCAAACCCACCGGCGCAACCUCCAAACAGCUUUGUCACCAACUUCCCUCCUGUCCAGGGGGUGAAGGCAGAUGAUGAUGAUUUCCAGGAUUUUCAAGAGGCCCCGAAAGCAGGCGGUGGAGAUGAUUCGUUUACGGAUUUUCAAGGAGAGAUGGCGGGAACGUUCCCCAGUGCAUCCUCCUCUCAGAGCAGUGUUCCUGCCAUACUGACUCCUGUGUCUGGCUCUUCAUCAUCUUCGUCCUCUGAUAAGUAUGCAGUGUUUAAACAUCUGUCAGUGGAGCAGCCGACCGAACCCACGCCCGCCGUUUCAGAUUUUGGAGACAAAUACAGUGUGUUCAGAGAGCUUGAGCAACCUUCAGAUAGAAAGCCAGUCGGCGAAGGAUUUGCCGAUUUCAAGUCUGUCAGUGCCGACGAUGGCUUCACAGACUUUAAAACGGCCAACAGCGUCUCUCCACUAGACCCUCCAGAUCAGGCCAAGAUGUUCCAGCCUGCUUUCCCACCUCCUUUCGGCCCUUCUCUUCCACAGUCUCAGUCUCAACCUCCUGUCUCUCUGGCACAGCCCAAAAUCCCUCUGAACAUGGCUGACUUGGACCUCUUUUCCUCCAUGACCCCUCCUUCUUCUGCUCCUUCCUGUGCUGACUCUAAAGCUAUCCCUUUCUCCACUACAACAUCUUCUGCGCUCCCCUCCUUGGUGCUCCCUCCUGCAGGCCCCAAAUCUGUCAGCAUCACAGGGGCAAAUGAUGACUUUGGCGACUUUGCACUGUUUGGCUCCUCCUCGUCUGAUGUGGCCCCCUCAGGUCAAAGGGGAUCCGGAGGAGCGGUGCAGGACGACUUUGCUGAUUUCAUGGCAUUUGGGAGGUCCGGAGAACAGCGCAGCGAGGCUUCCUCCCAGCCACGGCAGGGACCAACCGCCGACAAGUACGAUGUCUUCAAACAGCUGUCACUGGAGGGCGGUCUGGCCUACGAUGAUGGCAAGGAAAGUGGCUGCGGCGGUUCGUUUUCCUCCCUGAAGAGCAGCGAUGCCGACGACUUCGCCGACUUUCAGUCAUCCAAAUUUUGCACAGCACUGGGCGCCUCCGAGAAGAGCCUGGAGGACAAGGUGGCUGCCUUCAAGCAGGCCAAAGAGGACUCCGCCUCUGUCAAGUCUCUAGACCUGCCGUCAAUCGGGGGCAGCAGCGCAGGGGGCAAAGAUGACUCCGAGGAUGCACUGUCUGUGCAGCUGGACAUGAAGCUGACCGAUGUGGGCGGAGACCUCAAGCACGGCACGUCUGACAGCUCACUGGACCUGCCCGGUCUGACUGCCCACCAGCCCCCCGCCGCAGAUGCAGAUGACCUGAAGUGCGACCCCUUUGGAAGCUCUGCCGUUAGCGGCAUGGCUGGCUAUGACUGGUCAGACAGAGACGAUCAGGUCAGGAAGCCUCAAGGCGGAGCUCCGGGGGCGCUGCCCUCGUCAGCUGUUCUACACAGGAAAGAGACUUCCUUUGGAAGCUCGGAGAACAUCACGCACACCACAGUGGCUAAAGUCACCACCUUCCCCAUCGAGGACGCAGGUUCUUCCCUGGACGGUGGCUUUGCUACCUUCGCUGACUUCAGCUCUGCAGAACAGGCAGCUGGAGAAGAUGACGAUGAUUUUGGCGACUUUGCCAGCACGGUCUCAGAGAAGUCUGACUCUCCGCCUGUUCAGGGUGAAAUGGGCCCAGAGGGAUCGGAUGAAUUUGGAGCCUUCCAGGGGGACAAGCCCAAGUUUGGCAAGUCAGACUUCCUCAAGGCCAGCGCUCAGCCCAAAGUGAAGUCCAGUGAGGAGAUGAUCAAGAACGAGCUGGCCACCUUUGAUUUGUCUGUGCAAGGUUCCCAUAAGCGCAGUCACAGUCUGGGGGAGAAGGAGAUUGUGCGCUCCGCGCUGUCUCCCGCCCCGGAGCAGCUUUUCCGUGACCGCUCUAACACCUUGAGUGAGAAGCCAGCACUGCCAGUCAUCCGCGACAAGUACAAAGACCUCACAGGAGAGGUGGAGGAAAGCGAACGCUAUGCAUAUGAAUGGCAGAGGUGUUUGGAGAGCGCUCUUCAGGUGAUCACCACGGCCAACAACACCCUUAAUGGCAUCAGCAGUUCCACCGUGUGUACUGAGGUCAUCCAGUCAGCGCAGGGCAUGGAGUACCUGCUGGGUGUUGUGGAGGUGUACCGUGUAGCCAGGCGUGUGGAGCUGGGCAUCAAAGCCACUGCCGUUUGUUCAGAGAAGCUGCAGGAGCUGCUGAAGGACAUCAGCCGUGUGUGGAACAAUCUGAUGGGUUUCAUGUCGCUGGCCAACCUCUCUCCUGAUGAGAGCUCUCUGGACUUCUCCUCCUGUAUCCUGAGGCACGGCAUUAAGAAUGCGAAGGAGCUGGCCUGUGGAGUGUGUCUGCUCAACGUGGACUCGCGCAGCAAGAAGAAAGAAGAAAACACUUUUGGACGUCUGUUUAAACGAGCACUGACAAAAGACCCUGGCACGAAGUUAAGGGCUUUCAACUCCGAGACGGAUAACUUCAAGCUGACGUACGGCGGUCACCAGUACCACGCCAGCUGCGCUAAUUUCUGGAUUAACUGCGUGGAGCCCAAGCCUCCAGGCCUCAUCCUGCCUGAUCUGCUUUGAGCUCCAUCCUCAUCCAAACGCUGCUGCUGAGAACCUGGGGAAGUUUCCGGGAAGUCGUCUCAUAUUUAUUUAUUACUGUCUUUUUCCUGUUUUUUCUGCCAACCAAUGGCUGGGCCUCGUAGUUUCUGAAGUUGGGCUGUGAAGCUCGAAACAUUUGUGAAUGUUUGUAGAAGACUGGAAAGGGGAGGGAAAAAAUCCACUGGUGUAAUUUAUAUGGGUCUGUAAUGUACAUGGAGUGAAAGCUGUCUUUGUUUUUUCUUUCUCUGGCCUUCCGAGGGGGUGGGGGCAGAAACAUCUGGCUGGCUUUGUGGAGUCAAUUGUAGAAAAUGGUUUUGAUGUUUUGACAGCUGUCCAUAAAACAUCAGAGGUCUCUUUGUGAGGGAUGAUCCACUGGACAUCAAGAAAUGUAAUAAACAGUUUUGAGUAAAUUGCACAAUGUGAAUCUUACACUCUUGCAUUGGUAUUAGCCGCAGACUGUAUCACAUGAUACGGUAUAGAUGUAUAGAUCAAGGUAUAUUCAGACAUUAGGUACAUGUUCAGAGAAGUGUUCUCUUUAUACACCUCAUUUCUUUUCAGCAGGGCUGUGUUAUCUAUCCUUUUGCUGGAAACCGAUCUCUUUAAUGGCUGGGUCUCGAAACAGAGGGUCUGUGGUGGUCUGCGAUUAAAUUGUAUUUUUUUGAGGUUCUUUGAUAAAAAACAUCUCAGUCUUUGAAAACUGCUUAAAAUGGUGAUAUUUACCGUUUUGAAUGGAGUGUAAUGGCGCUAUUGAAUGUCUUUUCCUGUUUUGUGACACCUUAAACAUCGACAUUGUAUUUGAACAGUGGCAGGUUUGGUCUCGAUUCGGUUUCAGUUGUCGUGAAGAAUUAGUUUACUUAGGCACUUCGAGUGUUCAUGAGUCUAAACAUGAUGAUGUAGCCUACUACUGCCUGGAUUAAAAUGCUGUGUGUGAAGAACCGUC